GAGGGGGCUGUUAAACAUGGCGGAUAUAGACAGCCUUUCCCAAACAUGAAAGUCUGCUCAUUCUGUUGGGUUAGGAGGUUGGUCCCUGAAAGGGCUGAGGCAUAGAGGCCAGAUCUUCCAGCUCCCCUAGUUGGCCCUUCCGGGAGCCGCCUGGUCUCUAGUGCAGGAAGGGGAAGGGGCCAAAGUGUUGGGGGAAGGCGUGGCAGGAAGGGGGGAACUGUGGUCAGGGAGCUGUUCGUGGGCACAGCUGCGCAGUUCAGUCAGAGUGUCUGAUCGCCAGUUCCCAGCCCUGAAGCCCUGCCCAAGAUGAUUCCAGCCGUGGUCUUGCUCUUGCUCCUUUUGGUCGAACAAGCAGCUGCCCUACGAGAGCCCCAGCUCUGCUAUAUCCUGGACGCCAUCCUGUUUUUGUAUGGUAUUGUCCUUACCCUUCUCUACUGUCGACUCAAGAUCCAGGUCAGAAAGGCAGCAAUAGCCAGCUAUGAGAAAUCAGAUGCUGUUUACACGGGCCUGAGUACCCGGAACCAAGAGACAUACGAGACUCUGAAGCAUGAGAAACCACCCCAGUAGCUUUAGAGCAUAUGUCCUUGGCUGCAUUCUUUUUCUGCUUCUGGUUCUCUCUUAGCCCUCACAGCUGACAUCACGAUGCUACCUCUGUGCUUUUGAUGCUAGCUGACUUACUCCUAUGAUGCCAGGCUCUAAGUUAAUGUCCGCCUGCAGUCACUCGUUUCCGUUAAAGACUUACUCACAGAUGGUUGUUCCCUUACAUACUCUGUUGCUUCAGUUCUCUUUCCUCCCCUGAUCCCCAGCUCCUGCUAAACAAUGGAAAGGGAUUACCUUCCAAUAAAGCCAGUACAGAUGUGA